CACUAGGGAGAAAUUGUGAGCCAUAUAGAGAGAGAACAAUGGCAUCAGCUGAUAAGCCUCACGCAGUUUGCAUACCAUUCCCACACCAAAGCCACAUAAAAGCAACACUAAAACUAGCAAAGCUUCUUCACCACAAGGGCUUUCACAUAACCUUUGUCAACACAGAGUUCAACCACAGACGCUUCCUCAAAUCCAGAGGGCCCAACUCUCUCGAUGGCCUGCCUGACUUUCGAUUCGAGACCAUCCCCGAUGGCCUCCCUUCUUCGGAUUCGGACUCGACCCAAGACUCGCCUACGAUUGGUAAGUCCGUUAGAGAGAACUUUUUGGCUCCGUUUCGCGACCUCCUUGCCAAACUCAAUGACUCUGCAUCUUCAAAUGUCCCUCCUGUGACUUCCAUUGUGUCUGAUGGCUUCAUGACUUUCACCAUCACUGCUGCUGAAGAAUUUGGGCUGCCUGUUGUACUUUUGUGGACGCUUGCUGCUUGUGGUUUCAUGGGCUUCUAUCAGUUCCGCCCUCUUGUGGAGAGAGGCCUUGCACCACUAAAAGAUCCCAGCUAUCUAACAAAUGGAUACUUGGACACCCCUGUAGACUGGAUUCCUGGUAUGAAAAACAUGCGCUUGAAGGAUCUCCCAAGCUUUUUCCGCACCACGGAUCCAAAUGACGUAGUCUUCAACCUCACCAUGGAAGCAGCAGAGAGAGCACCUAAAGCUUCAGCCAUUAUUCUUCACACUUUCGACGCAUUAGAACCCGAAGUUCUGAACACUCUCUCAUCUAUGUUUCCACUUGUUUACACCAUUGGUCCUCUUCAAUUACUCCUCAAUCAAAUACCAGAACAAGAACAAUGCUUGAGCUCCGUCGGAUACAAUCUAUGGAAAGAAGAGGCAGAGUGCCUCCAAUGGCUCAAUUCCAAACAACCCGACACUGUGAUCUAUGUGAAUUUUGGGAGUGUUGUUGUAAUGAAGCCUCAAGAGGUGUUAGAGUUCGGUUUGGGACUUGCUAAUAGUAACCACUCUUUUUUGUGGGUGAUUAGGUCUGACUUGGUGGUUGGGGACUCGGCAAUUUUUGAACCUGAAUUCUUGGAGGGAAUUAAAGAGAGAGGGUUCAUAUCAGGUUGGUGUCCACAAGAACAAGUUCUAAAUCACCCAUCAAUUGGUGGGUUUUUGACACAUAGUGGGUGGAAUUCAAUUGUUGAGAGCUUGUCAGCUGGAGUGCCUAUGAUUUGUUGGCCAGUGGUUGCAGAGCAGCAGACAAAUUGUUUAUAUGCUUGCAGUGAAUGGGGGAUUGGGAUGGAGAUUGAUGGGGAUGUGAGGAGAGAGAAAGUGGAGAAAGUGGUGAGAGAGUUGAUGGAUGGAGAAGAGGGGAAGAAAAUGAAGAAGAGAGCUUUGGAGUGGAAGAGAUUGGCAGAGGAGGCCACUAGACCACUUGGUUCAUCUGCUUUGAAUUUAGACAAAUUGUUGAAUGGAGUGCUGAUGUCAAAGAGCUAGGCCGUGUGGGAUGCUUUAUAUGAGUCAUGUGGAUUAGUGGGAGAAAAGUCCCAAACACCUGAUUAUCAAAAUUUAAAAAAGAAGAAGCUAGAUUCUAGAGUCUAGUUUGAUUUGGAUAUGGGCUUGUUUGGAACAUUGAUACAUUAAUUGCUAUUGGCCCCUUUUAUUAGCUUUUAUAUGUAUUUUUUUGCUUUGCACUAGCUUUUAUUUGUUCCAAUAAAGUAGUCUUCAAAAUUUAGAAGUAACUUGGGGCAUUUUUGUUCUCUCAUGCUUCUAACUAAUUUGUACUAUAAGAUAAUAAAUUUGUACUAGUUGCAAACAUAAUGUAAUGAUGUUGCAUAAUGGAUCGAUUUUAUGCAUUUGUUUUCUUGAUUAAAA